GGUUAACUAAGGAAACUUUUCAGCGCUUAUGCCCUCCGAGACAACACUCGUUAAUGAGGGAACGGCAACAUCCGUUCCACGCAGAGGCGCCGCUGGCAACGGAUUCAACAGCAAUUGGAGAGUAUGCUUUGACUUAUUUCAAGGAUAUCCUAACUUCGCGGCGCCAACCAGACAUCUCUUUGCAGCAACUGCAAGGGGAGCAAGACUUGCGGCAACACACACACACUCGGCUGGGACAGGAAGCCGCGGAUGCUCUCGAGCAACCAUUCACUGCAGAAGAACUUCAGCAGGUUGUCAAAUGCAUGGCCAGGGGCAAACGGUCGGGCUCAGAUGGCCUGCCAGUCGAGUUUUACGAAGCGACAUGGGAGCACAUCGGGGCAGACCUCUUGAAGCUAUAUAAUCGGGUCUCAGACGGCGACAUCCUAACGGAAGAAAUGAAACUGGACAUCAUUACGCUGAUCUAUAAAAAGGAUGAUAAGUCAAACAUCCGGAACUGGAGACCGAUUUCGAGGCUCAACGUGUCCUAUAAGAUUUUGGCGAAGGCACUGUCUAGAAGGCUUGCCCCGCACCUGCCGAGGCUUGUGCACAAAGACCAGGGUGCUUUUAUUCAAGGUAGAUCAAUUGCGGAGAACAUCUUGAUGGCGGUGAGAGCGCUUGAGGUAAUACCAAGAGAGAAGAGGCAGGUCAUCGCGGCAAUGCUUGACCUUGAGAAGGCGUAUGACCUCAUGGAGAUACUUCUCAAUGCCUUUUGGGCCUCCCCACGCAUCCAAGGCCUAGCCUUGGGGGAAUCUGACACGCUGCUGACGGAGCCAAUAGCGGACGACUUGUUGCUGGUUAUGGAAGUUACGCAGGAGUCGAUGGGGGAGGCCAAAACUCUCCUUGACACCUACUGCACUGUAUCCGAAGCCCAAGUAAACUGGAACAAGUCAGUUUACUUCCUCCCGAAGGAAUACAACUUAACGGGGCAGGACUGGGGGAUGAAGCGCAUUCCCCCGGACAUCUCAAAGCGCUACCUCGGAGUGCAAGUCUCGCUGUCGAAUGCCAAGCCAAGACAACAGGCCAUUCUACAAGCCAAGGUUCAGGUCAGUUUGAAGCGUUGCCGCAUCGCAGCAUGCACAUCACUGCUGGGGAGAGCGCUGCUGAUCAAUGCUGUCGUCUUUGCCCAGGUCUGGUUUAUUGCUGAUGUUCGCCUUCUCUCUAAAGAAGUCCUCAAGCCACUGACUGCAGAGGCAGCGCGCUACCUUUGGAAGCCGACCUCGCAAGAGGGGCAAGGCUACAUCACCAAAUGCUCCUAGGCUAAGGUGACCAGUAACAAGCAAGAGGGGGGGUUGGGCAUCAUUGACCCAAGACAACAAAACCUUGCUUUAUUG